GCAUGAUGUCAUUCAACAACACACACUCACACAUACAAGUUGUCGCCGCGACCGCGCGCCUGUUUACAUUCUGUACGCUGUGUCUUCACUGAACACUCGUGUCUGUGAUUUAAUUUAUUAUUUAAAUUGUAUAGUUAUAGUUCAAAAUGGCCAACAACAGAGCAGCCAAGUCAGGAUUUGCUGCUGAAGCCCAGCGAAAGAUCAACAGCAAAUACAGCGAAGAGUUGGCAUCAGAAUGUCUGUACUGGAUUCAGCAGAUCACAAACGAGCCCGAAAACACUUCAGGAGAUAUGGAUAACUUCUAUGAAGUUCUCAAGGAUGGAACUCUUCUUUGCAAACUCGUGAACAACAUCCAGCCAGGGAUGGUGAAGAAGGUGAACGAAUCCAAGAUGGCGUUCAAAUGUAUGGAGAACAUCAAUGCAUUCCUGGAAGCGGCGAGACAGCUGGGAGUACCCGCGCAGGAGACCUUCCAGACAGUUGACCUGUGGGAGCGGCAGAAUCUCAACUCUGUUGUCAUUUGCCUCCAGUCGUUAGGGAGAAAGGCUGGAAACUUCGGGAAGCCGUCAAUAGGACCUAAAGAAGCCGAGAAGAAUGUGCGUAACUUCUCCGAAGAACAGCUGCGAGCUGGUCAAGGAGUCAUCUCCCUCCAAUACGGGUCAAACAAGGGCGCUAACCAGAGCGGCAUUAAUUUCGGCAACACAAGGCACAUGUAAAUUGCUCGAUAUUACCCUUGACGUCUCGAAGGGUCGUACGGUUUUUGUUUACCAGUCAAGUACGAGAGAAAGAGAUAGGUAUAUAAAAACUGCACCACCUGUCGCGAUGAAUUUUAGGGGCUAACGGCUAAGCUCGUUAGCGAGAAUGUUGAUGUUGAUCAACAUUAGGCUUCACGGUUUUAAUCUAAAACAAUUUUGACAUUUUUAAUUUAUUGAAUAGGUGCAACUAUUGGCUGUAUGGCUACAGGCACACAUACCUACUUACCUAUCUAAAUACUUGAGGAUUUAGGCCUUGCUUAAAGCGUACUACGUGCUUAUAGUGUGACUUUCAGUCGAUUCUUCAUUGAAAAUAUUACGCACCUAGUCUUGUGACAAACUUUGUCAAUAAUUGCACCUAUUUUUCUAAUACAAUAAUAAAAUAUAGAAGACGAUGCUUGAAAGUAUACAUAACUUACUCUGUCAAUAAAUAGCAGAAUAUCUACUAAGCAAUUACUUAUGUUUAAAUCUCGGUAGAUCUUUACAUUAUACGUAUUAGACUUGGAGGAAAAAUUUAUGACUCAAAAGCCAUAUUUUGACGCAAUUAUGAAUCUCUUUGGCAUUAAUUGUUUAAUUUACGUUUUAAUGGUAGCCAAUAUAGUCACUACAGAAAUCUUUUUUUUUUGAGGUAGUCGCUCUAAUAUCAAGCAUUUAAUAUUAUUUAAUCAUUCCAGAGUCAUUCCUUUUUGGAAUUUAUUUUUGUGCUGGUUUUCAUACUAAAUGUUGAUGAUUGUUUUAAUUUAUAGUUAAUAAUUAUAAGUGUGCAAGUCAGCUAGUGUUUUUGUUGAAAUAUCAUUUUAUCUAAGCUUCCUGAAAAAUCUCUUCUACUGAUUGUGCCAAUUUGUUCGAGCUAUUCUCUAUAUAAAAACAGUACAAUUGUUAGUUUACGAAUUAUUUUACAUAAGUAUAUUAUGUAAGUACUUAACUUGUGCCUUCAUUGACCAGCCCCCUGGGGGAUUGACUUUCUUCAAUGGUGUCUAAACAUAUAAGUUUUUCCUAUAUUCCAUUAUUUAUAAAAUUGAGAAAUUACUAAUCAUUCCAUAUUAUAUAUUGUUAGUACACACUGUGAUUAAUGGUUUUAUAAAGACAUUAUUUUCUUAUUAGAUAUGUACCUUGGUUAAUUAAGUAAGUUUCAUAAAGUGUAUGUAUCUUUGUGGAAGUACGUAGAAUAAAUAAGUGAUAAAUAAA